GUUUGACAGAUGAUUCUAGAUUAUUAUUAUUUACUAAAGUGUAAAGUAAUUUAAAAUUAAAGUUUACAAAUCAACUAUUACAAAAAAUAACAUCUAAUUAUAAGAAACUAAAUCCUUUACCUUCUAAUUCCUUUCCUACAUGACAUAAACAAUGCCGGUUGAUAAAUUAAAAGAAACACGACCAUCGGAUGAAUCAAAUGAACAAAUCAUAAAUGACUUGACAAAUAAUUUAGGAAAUUUAAAUACAAACGUAGAAAAUAAUACCAAAGUAGAAGAUGAUAUAAAAAACGAUGAUGGAGACCAUGAAGGGCCCCCUCAAGACGAUGAUUUUAUCGAUGAGGUAGCUUUAAAAGACCAAGAAAUCAAUCUUAGUGAAUCCGAAAGACUGCAAAGGAAAGCUGAUGCUGACACAGCUAAAAGUAGAGGCAAUGAUUUUUUUAAAAUUGGUGAAUUUAGCAAGGCUUUAGAUGAAUACACGCUAGGGCUUAGGACUUGUCCAUUGAAUUACGAGCAGGAGAGGUCUAUUUUGUACUGUAACAGAUCGGCUUGCAAAAUGAAGAUGCAGUUGACGAAGUCUGCACUGGAGGACUGCGAUAAAGCUAUUGAGUUGAAUGAUAAAUACGUCAAAGCAUAUGUCAGGAGGGCUCAAAUUCAUGAACAGCUCGAAAAACUAGACGAAAGUUUAGAAGACUACAAGAAAGUUUUAGAAUUAGAUCCUUCCCAUGCUGAAAGUAGAGCAGCUGUCCAUCGUCUCCCACCCAUGAUCAACGAAAGGAACGAAAAACUAAAAACAGAAAUGUUAGGAAAGUUGAAAGAUUUAGGAAAUUUAGUAUUGAGGCCUUUCGGAUUGUCUACAGAUAAUUUUGAAAUGAAACAAGACAGCAGUGGGGGUUAUUCGAUUAAUUUCAACCAAAAUCCAAAGAACUAGGGAAGAAAAUUUAUUAUAUAUCUAAAUCAUAUUUAUAAGCUAAUUUUUUGGGUUAGCGUAAGAAUAUGUAAAAACAGUUAUGAGUAUUGUUAAUUGUAGCUCAGAAAUUUAAAUGUAUUUAUUGAUAUCAAAUUUUUUAAUAUUUAAAUAAAGUUUAUUAUU